AUGGAUUUUCUGCAUAACGAAGGCAAAGACUCAAGUGCUGGUGAUGCUUCUAAAAGAACUUCUUUUGAGAAACAAGCAUCCUUCACCACUGGGUCAACCGUCGAAACGUCUAUAGAACAACAAGGCAAUGAGGGUGCAGAAGUGGUCACCACUGCUGAGCAGCAGCCAGAAUCCGAUACUCAGGAACAACAAAUUUUCGAAGAGCGUCAACCAGAAAUUGAUCCCCAGCAUCCGAGCGUGGAAAUGGAAACCACCGAAACUGAAUCAGAAGCAGCAGUGGAAGACGACGAGAAUGUGGAAGAAAUGAGGAUAACUUCUGGCGAGCCGAAACACAGAGUUGGGAGGGCGCAAGUCGAAAUGCAGGAAGAAGACACCUCAUCUUUAGGAGUUAGAGAGACUGAAAACACAAGCGGUUCUGUGGAAGUAGUCCAAGCAACAAGUUACGUUUCGGGAGAUAAUGUAGAUGUCGUAAGAGAGAAGCACACAACGAGUUACACAGUCGAGGGACGAAAUGGCGGUGAUGUCAUCAAAGAGCACGUAGUGGUCACCGUGGAGUCCACUGAAGUUAUCACGCAUGAGAGGCGUGAUCCUGUGGUUCACGAGGGUGAAGAGCAGCAAGAAGAGGAAAUGGACACUUCAGUGAAUAAAGAAACAAAACCAGCUUCUCCUGCAGCGCCAGAGGUGACAGAGCCUAGAACACCAAGAACUCGAGGGCGGCCGAGGAUUCAACCCACGACCAAUGAAGCACCUAAGACGGUCCCAACUACUGGUAAACGUGGUCGUAAGCGCAAAGUACCCCAAGAGGAUGGUUCCGCAACACCUGCCAAAACACCAAAAACGCCAGGAGGAAGAGGUCGCAUUGCUCAUGCCAAAGUGAAACUGUCAUAUACUGAUUAUGUUUCAAACGAAAUUGGUGAUAGAGUGCUGUCAUGUGGAGAGGGGGAGCAACUUGGUCAUCCUGGCCGUACAACUACGAAGAAGCCGAGGAAAGUGGACCUAGUGGAGGAAAAGGGAUUACAAAUCGUUCAGGUUGUGGCUGGUGGUGUGCAUUCCGCUUUGCUAACAACAGACGGUGAAGUUUACAUGUGUGGAAUAAAUGAACAAGGAACAGUCCCUGCCAUAGGAGUCGAACCAGAAGGCAGCACGGACAAGUUUACCAAAGUUGAGUUUUCCGAAGAGAUUGCUUCUCAGGGAAAGAUUGUUAUGCUGGCCGCUGGCGCAAGUUUUACAGCAGCUCUCACUGACAGAGGAUCUGUAAUUGCUUGGGGAAACCUACGAGACACCAGUGGAGAAAUAAAUGUGCAUCCGCUUCUGACUAAGAUGAAGGAGCAUCCUGUCGUUUUGAUUCAUUACAAGAAAAGGGUGAUAGUGAAGAUUGCUGCUGGUGAGAAUCACCUUGUCAUGCUGGAAGAAGAUGGCAAAGUUUUAACCUUUGGAGAUGGAAAGAUGGGCCAGCUAGGAAGAAGCAAGAGAACAGGCUCGAUAAGACCUCAAUACAUGGUUGAUGAAGAUGGUAGAUCUCUAAUAUUGAUAUUGCAAGACAAAAAAAGAAAAGACAUUCCCAUAAAGGACAUCCAUGCUGGAGGUUUUUGGACUAUGAUAGUGUCUGAUGAUCAAGUUUUUUCGUUUGGACUAAAUAAUUUCGAACAUCUUGGAAUUCCCAUCGAAGGAGAGCCUCCUACAGAUGCUUCUGAAGAAGACAAGCGUGAGCUCCGUAUUCUUACACCGGAUGUUGCCACAGCAUAUCUUGGCAGAUCAUGGACGCAUAUUGAUGGUGUGCAACAUAUAAUAGCUCGAGAUAAGGAAGGAGAAGUGUAUGGAAUUGGAAAAAACACAGACAACGCCCUUGGUCUCGGGACAUGGACUGGAAACGAUGACUCUGAACACUGGAAGUACUCCACCUUGGAACGCAUCCGAUUCCCACGAGAAGCUGGAAAAGUUGCUGGGACGACUGCCAAAUUGGGUUGUUCAGUAGCAUGGACAGAGAAAGGUGAUGCGUACGCGUGGGGAUGUGACACAAGCGGUCAACUUGGCUUGGGUUUGAAGGACGAUGAUGAAAAGAUCGUUCCAACGCCACAGAAAAUUACGUCAGCGCAUUUGGAUGGAUACAAAAUUAUUUGUGCCUCGAUUUCUGACAAUCACUGUCUGUUUUUGGCCAAAAAAGCGUGA